AUGGCACAAGUGAGUGUUCAUCCCAUCGCAGCGAGUGGAUUUGUAGCAUCACAAUUUUAUGAUCGCUUUAGACCGAGUUACUCGAAAGAGGCUGUGAGCUUCUUAGUUGGUAAACUUGUUAAUACACGGGACUCGCAGCCCGCACGUAUCCUGGAACUUGGUGCAGGAACAGGAAAGUUUACGGGUAUCUUGAAAGACGUUCUUCAUGGCAGCAAUGUCGAAAUUAUAGCGAGUGACCCUGUGCUUUCUAUGAGGCAAGAAUUUGCAGAACAUUUUCCUGAUUUAGAGAUGAAGGAUUUUUCAGCGGAAAAUAUAGGUAAGGUUUAAAAAGGAUCUUGUGUAUUCUUAUUUUUCUAAAUGGCACUGAAGCAGCCACUAGAUUAAUUUUAUAGAAAAAAAGAGGACGCUGGAAAGACCUGGAAGUUAGACUCGGGUAAGUACUUCAUAUAUGAAGUACCUACCUACGCUCGAUUACCAGCCACUGUUCCGGAAAAUGAGCCCACACUAAUGGCAAAGAUGGCGGGAAUCUAGGGUGCCUGGAAGGAAGGUGAAGGGGUUUGCGAUGGGGGGUAGGGAGGAAUGGGGAAAGAGGGGGGGGGGGAAUCAGGGCAUGCUGAAGAAUCAGCUAGGUCAUAUCCCUCAAAGCCGAACCAAUAUCAGAGGGGGGUGGGGGGGGGGGGGAGGGGGGUGGGGGGGAGAGACAGGAGGGGGCAGGGUAGGUGUGCGGGUGGGGCGGGGGGGGGGGGGGGGGGGGGGGGGGUGGGGGGGGGUGGGGGGGGGGGGGGGGGGGGGGGGGGGGGGCAAGUUCAAUCCCAGGGUUCUUUUCUUGUCUCUUAGAGGAUGGGUUGAAGAGAACACUGGAAACAAAGUUAUGGCAGCGCUUACUGGUAUUUUGCUCCUAUCUGUGGCUCUUACUUGGAACAACAUUAGCAUAGUUGUAGUCUGUAGUGUCAGCCAUCGCCUUGUCUCAGCCCCCCUAAGGGGCAGUAAAGUGAGCCCUCAAAGGAGAUGGAAGACACUUCAGACUAGUGGGAUUGUAUAUGUAUAAUUUAGUGGUUGGCAUGUUCAUCCCUAGAUCUUAAAUUUAGGACAGGGAACUUUGAUGAACAUUUUGUUUACCACCUUUCCGAUAUGCUUUAUGCUUUGAAUGGCAAUUUGAUUACCCGUAUGUUAUAUUAUUUUCCUACAGCAUUACCAGACUCUAGUGUACAUGCUGUUUGCGCUGCUCAAAGUUUCCACUGGUUUGCCAAUGACAGGUCUCUUUCUGAAAUUCACCGUGUACUUGUACCAGGAGGCAAACUGGGUCUUGUAUGGAAUAAACGGGAUUAUUCAGUCCACUGGGUAAAAGAAAUGCAUGAAGAAAUUGUUUUCCCAAUUUAUACACAAACCAACACACCCAAUCAAAGAACCUUUGAAUGGAAAAGAGUGUUAGAAAAAUCUGAUAAGUUUGGGCCAAUAGAAUGUGAUGAAACUUUCAAGUUUGAGCAAACUUUCUCAACCUGUCAAGAGGUCAUAAACAGAACAAUGUCUUCUAGUGUCAUCCAGGCAAAAAGUGAGGUCGAAAAAGAAGUGAUAAAAGACAAACUCAAAUUGCUUCUUCAGAAGCAUGAAGUUGAUCAGCAGAAUGAAAUUGUCCUUCCUUAUGUAGUCUCAAUGUAUUGGUGUGAAAGAAAGUGAGUCCUUCAUGCAGGAAACUAUAUCA